ACUUGACCUACCCAGCCCUUGUGUUGAUUUGACCAUUUUCAGCGAGUCUCCUUUCCUUGCCCCCUGCAAUGCCAUUAUCAGCUAUGAGAUGAAAGCCCCGUUCGUCAAAGGAUCCGACGAGACGGGUAUGGAGUGCAAGGCAGUGGUGCGCAACAUCUUGUUCGAUCUAACAGCCUCUAAGCUCUUCUACAUCCUGGACCAGAUCUGCUCGACGGACGGACAGAUGACGAAGCCAAUCAGACGCCUUUUGUCGUUUUACGCAUCUGUCUUGGGCGCGCAAGCUGUGGAGGAGGGUAGGCUGAUAAGCACCUGGUGGGCGGGGUCGGACGGGACGGGACCGCAGGUUCUGAGCGCCACGUGCCAAGACCAUAAGUGCACUUUGUACAUGGAUCUCGCCAGUGGGAUGACUCUCUCGAAGUCCGGAUCUCAGCUGAUCGUGUCGGGAUACCAUUCUGCAACUCCGCCGGGAUCUUGGCUUACCACCGUCAAUACCGAGACCGGGGAGAGGAGUUAUGUCCGGGUGCAGCUGGAUUUCGCCACCGGGAUCGCUCUCGACCCCGACAUGACCACUCUGUUCGUCGCCACCGGGUUGGUCCUUCCUCCUCGGAUCUUGUCGUCUCCCGUUACCUUCGAUAAGAAUGGCGAUCUUCCCUCCCAGGGACUCUCCACUCCCUCCCCUCUCUUCAUGUUCGAUCAGUUCCAGGAGUGGGAAACGUCAUCCAUUUACUUUGGACCUCACAGUUUUCCCAGCGAUGGCAGGUGCUUGUACUUUGUCGAUCGCAAGCCGGGCGGUAGCGUCUGGGCACUCAAUCGCUCCUCGAAUGCGGUCAAUCUUGUCGCGGGUAGCGGAUUAACCCCCCAGGUCUUGCCACUAAUAGCAUCUCCGAGUAACGUUAGCAGUGGAAACGGCAGUAGCAGUAAUAGCAAGAUAGUGAUGUCUAAUGCUUUGAACGUGUCUUUUGGACAGUUGUGCGACCUUGCGGUGACGGAGGAUGGUCUCAUAAUCUUCGUCUCGGAGAUCGACACAGGUCUUGUGCGGUGGAUUGAGCUCGGCACUCCCUGUGGAUUCGGGCGGAGAGCCACCGAUGUCAUCCGCUACCUUCCCCGUCCCGGCUCAGCCGUGUACGGACUAGCCAUAGGAACGUACGGCAAAGGGCUCGUCUUGCUCCUUGGUACGGACGACGGACACGUGUUCCAGCUCAGCAUCAACAGGUCAGCAUUGGAUCCCAGCAAUAACCCUUACGCUUACGAACUCCCAGGCAGCUCUUCGGCACCAGAUCCCGACAGAUCUCAUGCCUACCCCUCCCUCUCUUCUCCCCUCGCCAGGCCUGGCUUUUCGGACAAGAAUGAAGCGCCGAGAAUCGGUCUCGUUGUCAGUCUAGUUGUCGGUAUCUCCCUCCUUUCUUUGCUUCUGUUUUUCGGGAUCGGGGCGACAGUCUGUUAAGGCCGGCUUCGUCUUCAGAAGUGCUGCCAUAAUGGAGACUCGCCAGUAGCUUAUUACGCAAUCCACGGGGUCCGAGAGUUCGAUUGGAAGACCUU